GCCGCUCCCUCCCGGGGCCCGUUCAUGGCGGAUCCGGGCGCUGCUUCCUUCUUGCGCCUGCAGAGUCCGCCGCUCUCCCGCCCGUCCGCCACGGAGGCGUCCCGGGCCGAGGUUCUCGCUGGUGUGAAAUGACCGAGUACAAACUGGUGGUGGUUGGAGCAGGUGGCGUUGGGAAAAGCGCUCUGACGAUCCAGCUCAUUCAGAACCACUUUGUGGAUGAAUAUGAUCCCACCAUCGAGGAUUCUUACCGAAAACAAGUGGUUAUAGAUGGUGAAACCUGUCUGUUGGACAUACUGGACACAGCCGGCCAAGAAGAGUACAGCGCCAUGAGAGACCAAUAUAUGAGGACAGGAGAAGGCUUCCUCUGUGUGUUCGCCAUCAAUAAUAGCAAAUCAUUCGCAGAUAUUAACCUCUACAGGGAACAGAUUAAGCGAGUGAAAGAUUCAGACGAUGUCCCCAUGGUGCUAGUCGGAAACAAGUGUGACUUGCCAACAAGAACAGUCGACACAAAACAAGCCCAUGAACUGGCCAAGAGUUACGGGAUUCCAUUCAUUGAAACCUCAGCCAAGACCAGACAGGGCGUUGAAGAUGCCUUUUACACACUGGUCAGAGAAAUCCGUCAGUACCGAAUGAAGAAACUCAAUAGCAGUGACGAUGGGACUCAAGGUUGUAUGGGGUUACCGUGUAUGGUGAUGUAACAAGAUCCAUAGAAUGUUCUAGCAUCAAAAAAGAGCCACUGACUGUCAAGCUGCACUGACACCCUGGUCCUGACUUCCAGAAGGAGGAGUUCUGUCGCUCUCUUCAGCCUCACAACGAAGCUCCUGCCACUUGCCCAAUCCUCAGAUCAGUACCAUAUUCUCUUUCGGAGAGAUCUCAGAAUAACUACCUCCUCACUUGGUUGUCUGACCAGGGAAACGAACUUUCUCUUCCUCCCCAGUAUUUGUUCACCCAGGUGCUCCCCAUCACAUAUACACCUCUGCCACCCCAGGUCUUUCAUCUGAAGCAAUGGAUGGAUGGUCUGAAACAGAACCCAACUCUAGAUGAAUUGUGUCCAAAACUGUGUCUUGAGCCCUCAACUAGCAACUACUCAUCUCUGGGGGGAGGCGAGCCAGGGGGCUCUAUUUCGUGUUGUACCUGGAACUAUAUUUGGUCUUGGAGAAAUGUCAGGUUACUGUUUGGCUGAGAACAUAGUUGAUGUUGCUCAUUUUUUAUUUUUUAACCUCAUUGGCUAGAUUCUAUAAAACUGGUACCUCCUCUGCAUUCAUAAACACAACAGUAAGUACUGGU